GCUGGCGCACUGUGCAAUCGGUUGAGCUUUGAGAGCAGAGGACAUCCAUAUUUCACCAGCGAGGGCGUACGUUCGGAUGCAGAGUUUGCCGAGGGACAUCAUAAUUCGUAUAUCACUCAACGAUAGAUCUCAGCGUGAAAAGACAAGAUGAUUAUUUUUCCAAGAAUACGGAGAAAGCUCCUUCUUCUUCAAUCAAGCUAUCAUCGUGGCAAUAUUUGGAAAAGGGGAAGGAAACUGGUUGGCAGGUGGAGCUGAACGAAUUUAAAACUGGAUCCCGAAUGAAUUCGACUGUUUCCGGAUUUUGACGAAUGAAGUGUGAUGCCCAGGGUUGCCCAGGAGAGGGAAAGCGUAAAAGGGGACGAAUCGUCGUCACACAUGGUCACAACCACGUGGGAAGGUUUCAGCUGAGAUUUAAAGUCCAGUUUAAAAUAAGCUUGAUCAGGAAGAGUGUUAAUUGUUGGUCUAACCCCAGGAAGAUCCAUAACGACAUCAUCGCCGAUCAUCCACGUGCUGAACCGAUGGUCUCCUAUGGGCAGUAUUCAAAGUCCAUACGCCACUGGAAGAACAAUCAUAUGUACUUACCUGCUCUGAACUCCUUCGGAGAUUGUGAGCAGGUAGUGAAUGAACGUGCUACUCUCAAGGAGUAUGAUGGAGGCGUCCUCGAAGUGCAAGCAGUCCCCCUCCAGGAUGGAUCGGAAAUUGGUUUAAAUGGAAAUCGCAUAAUACCUCAGAUGUUCGACGGACACCAGGUGCGGCUGAGGAUAGAGAUGUCAAGCGAUGUCAAACCAACACAGCUACACAUAGAGUGCACUGUGGUCUUCUUAAUAGUUUUCAGACACAGCGUGGUACCUUGCCUCCUGGGAUUCCUCCCCAACACAGCCGACGAAACGUUUAACACACUUGUCGGAGUAGUAAAUGAGCAAUUCUUUAGGGGGGUGAUCAUCAGUAGCAUCCUUACCCCCUUGGAUCAAGGCUUAUUCCAAGCAGUGGAGCAAGUGUUCCCUGGGAUUCCUCGGGAAAUCAGCUUGAUAGAUCGCAUCAAGGAGAUUGUUAUGGCUGCGAACACUCUUCACAUCAACCUCCAACCACAAGAUACUCAGAUUCUACUCUCCAAAUUGAUUUCUGUCUCGCUUGCUCACGAUGUUCGACAAGCAUUUACUGAUCCGGCUGGAAUUGUAGCCCCUCAGCAACUGGAUAUUCUGAAUGGGUUGUUUCAGUACUACGAGGAUUCAUGGCUGAAUGGAGUGACUCUUCCAAUCUAUGGUUUCUACGAGAAACCUCAGAGUUUACUGUUGCCAGAUACUACAAUUUGGUAUAAACUCACACGAAUAAUGAAGGGAAAUAUUGAUGGUAUUUGGGACUGGAUGAAAGGGAUGAUCAAUCUCCAGGAGAAAUCUCACAGAGAGGUGACGAGGGGCGAAACUACUCACUCAUAGACGUGUUGAUAAGGGGUCGAAGCUGGAAUUCAUUGUUCGUCUCGCAGACUUGAGAGCUGCUUGGACAGCGGUAGAUAAUUUCGAGAAUUACAACUCUCUGGAAUUUCUGGCGACCAGCAGCCUACUCUUAAGAGCACGAGUGUCAGAUGUAAUUUUCCAGACAGCUGGUGCUACGAGCACUGUCCACCUCAUUCGUGGUGCAAAUCGUCAGGGCGAUGUUAAAGGUGUUGUCAUCGGAGAGCAGCCAGAUAUCGAUGAAGUCCGUAGACAGAUUUACUUGGACAGACUGAAUGGGAGAAACUUCCGAAGACGAAGGAGAUCUGCGGACCUAGAUGACACAGUGUCACUCCCAGGGUCAGAUCAGGAGCUUGACUCAGACGAGGAGAGAGACAUCGCACGUCAGGCUGCUCCAGGUGUGCCGAAGUUGGAGGAGCUGAAUGGAGAUGAAGGUUUCCUGAUGGAGGAACAGUUACUGCAGGAUGAUGAGCUCGAAGCAGUAAGAGAGAGAGAGAGCAAGAGAUGAACUCGUUGCAGAUAACCCAAGAGAUGUUCAGAGGAAUGUCCUUGGCAGGGACAUGCUUGUUGUACCCAACGGAAAUCUGCUACCCCUGCCCCUGAUCAACAGGUCGUACAUCCAAUUCAGAAUGAGCAGGAGAAUCCCAGACCCCAGAAUGAGGAAAAUGAUCUGUCAUGUCUUCUCUCUGUUCCUCGCCCUCUCAUUUUUCUCAUUGAGAACUCGACGAAUUCUUCCUGCCCUCUUCUUUCUCUUUGCGGGGGAGCGUGGUUUGUACUUUUACAACUCUACAGACGACUGUGAUGUCUUGACGCUGAUUUUGAUGGUUGGUAGCAAUGAUCAGCCAUCUUUGUCCGCGAUAUUCAAAUUAAUAUAAAAAAUUAAUUAAAUAACGUAAAAUCUUUAAAUACUGAGAAAAGUCGAGAAUGAAAGGACAAUGAACAGGGGACGAAAAACAACUUCGCAGGCGUGAGAAAAACCGUUGCCGGAAAUAAUAAAUGUCAA